CUGCAGGACUUAAUAUGUUUUUACAGAUGUCCAAAAAGAACCUUUUUUCAAAUACAAUACAGACCUCUUGUCUGUUUUUGUGACCUCGGUCACAAUGGUUGGGACAAAGAUAAGUAGUUGAAUAACAGUGAGGGGUACGCGAGGGAGGAAGGACUAUACUGCUGCAUCGGUUCUACAGACCAUCACCAUUGUUUGCUUCAUCAAAAUCUUCUGUGUCAGCACUUCAGUGGCACUUCAGAUAUCUUACAUAAGAGGACAGUGUGGGCACUCAUCCAUCUCAGUGUAAAUGUUUGCUGUUAAAAACUUGAAAUUAGAGCAUGGCAAGAUGCAGAGAUGCAGUUUUGGGCGAACUAUUUCUUUGUGUGUGCUUCACCUUAAUUUGAAAUAUGUUUUUAUUGUUUGUAUUUCCUUUUUAUAGACUAUUUUAUGUAUUACUAAAAAAUCUGCCCCUGACCCCACCUUUACCAGAAACAGGUGGUAUUUCCCAAAAGGUCUGUCAAUAGGUCAGUCAUUCAGUCAUCACCUGCAUUCAUUCUGCACAGUAAACAUCCAGGUAUUAUAUGAUAAUGUUGGACUGAAUAGCCUCAGAGAAAUAUAAAAUCCUGACCCUGGUCCCUGCUUGCAGCAAACUAACAUUUACUUACUGCUGUGGUAUAAUGUUUUAUGUUUGAUACAGUUAGAAAAACAGGAUUUGAAAUAUAUUGUUUAUAUAUUGAAAUACCAAUUUUGGGUAAGUAAGUGGGUUCUUGUAGGUCACUCACUGAAAAUGAAGUGGACACUAAUCCUGCUACUUGGUAGCUCUUUGGCUGAGACUGCUUUGGGCUGGACAUUUCAUCGGUCAGAGUACAAAAUGAACUGGACCCAGGCUCGACAGUGGUGUCAGAAAGAGUACACAGAUAUAGUGGUCAUGCGUGACCAGAAAGAGAACGACCACCUGGUUUCAAAGCUGAAAGUAAGAAAUAGAUCUCCAUAUUACUGGAUUGGAAUCACUAAAAAAGAUGAAAAUGGAACCUGGACUUGGAUUAAAAAUAUGAGCACCUGGAUAAGUGAGCAUCCAUGGGCAGUAGGCGAGCCCAGCAAAAACAGCACUGACUUUUGUGUGGAGAUUUAUGCGAACACAGGAUCAAACCGAGGAAAGUGGAAUGAUGAGGACUGCAGCAACUCUAAAUUCGCUGCUUGUUAUAAAGCUCAAUGUAAUGCAACAUCAUGUGGUCAAGGAAGAUGCCAGGAGAUCAUAGAAAACAUAACCUGCCACUGUGACCCUGGCUUUAAGGGAGACAGGUGCCAAACAGCUGUAGGAUGCCCCCCUCUGUCUCAGCCUGAUAAUGGAUCUCUUAGCUGUUCGGAAGGAAACUACACAUUCAACUCAACCUGUCGAUAUAAAUGCCACUCAGGAUUCCUGAUGAUAGGCUUCUCGACUGUUACUUGUGGGGCCAAGGGGGCCUGGAGUGGCCCAAGACCUGCAUGUGCAAGCUAUAAACAGGCUCUUGCAGCUAUAGCUGGGUGUGGAGCCCUCUCUGCCUUCUGUUGCAUCUGUUUUUGCUGGAUGAAGCACAAAAAACGAAAGAAACUUGCCCAAGUCAGGGAGCCUGAAGAAGUGAGAAGUCCAUCCAGUGAGGCACAGGGAUGAAGGACAACUGGAACCUCAUUUAUGUCUCUUAAUUGCUGUUACUUAUAUUAAUUUUACUAGAUUUGUAAACAUUAACAUUAACAGGCAGAGUGCCAGGAUAAUCAGUUAGCUAAGUGUUUUGUCUACUGUAUGUUAAAGCUUAACUUGAAAAUACUGCAUGGACAUACAGCGGAUAUUGUAUGUGUUUGUAUGUGAUGAUUUAUUAUCAAGUCAUAAACUCAACAUUUCUUAAAUAACAUUAGAGCUGCAUUUCUGUUAUAUCUGUGUAUCUAUCAUAUCUUUGUUAAAGAAAAUAAUAAUUAAAUACAUUUUCAUGAGUA